UGCUGCCAGCUUUUUUGAUAAAAAUUGACGUGGCUCUAAAUUUUAGUGUUUAGUUUUUAGGAGGCUGAAAUUGCAAUGCGAAAAAUUUUGCAAGCAAUUGGUCCAUUAAAUUAAACGUCGUAAUUGGUGCUGGGAAAGGUGAUAAAAGAUUGCAUCAGCUACGUACUCAGGUACACAACAAGAUUAGGCGAAAACGCGAAAAUCGCUCAGCGAGCAAAACCGAGGAGAGCGAUAUAGUGAGUGUGUGUGUGAGAUACGAGGCCGAGGCCCGCAAAGCAGCAGCGCCGUUGUUCAUUGUCAGCCAAGAAAAAGCAAAAAAAAGUUCGUUUUCUUGCGUGCUAUUUCCAAAUAGAAUUGGUAACAAAAGUCAUCACUAUAGCUGCAAAUCGGACAAGAAAUUAAGUUAAAAUAUCGUGGCCGAAGAGAGGCAACAGUGAAAAGUGAGUGCAUGCCUCAGUAGCCAAUUAAGGCGAGAAGAGGAAGAGCCAACUACAAAGUGCAAGUGCUGGUCAAGUACAGAGUGACAAACACACAUACACACAUUUACGUUCCAACGCCCUUUUUCCAGCGUUACAAUUAGUUUGGCAACAAAAACGCUGCAUCCCAUGAAUUAGCAGAAUGUCAGCAUACAAUACAAACUUUGUGCCACCUGCGGCAAAUGGCAAUCAAGCCGGCUUGGUAAAUGGGCAGCCUUUACCUCUUCAACCGCAUCUGCAACAACAACAACAGCGGCAGCAGCAAUUGCCUCCUCUUGGGGCGCCACUGAAACCAGUGCAAUUCCAACAGCCGCAGCAGCAGGUGGCGGCGCAACCAACGCAGUAUCCUUUAAAUGCCACAGGCCAGAUUCCCCCUGCGACGCAGCCCCAAUUCGAUAGCAAUGUGAUGAGCAAGUUUAUGCCGCCGCCGUCAGCCCUGAGCAAUGGGCCUGCGACGAUAGCUCCACCGAGUCAUCUGCCACCGCAAGUUCGACCACCCACGUUGAAUGGACCAACAACAGCGGCUGUGAUUAGUAAUGGCAGUAAUGGGGCACUUAGUGCAACAUCCUCGCGCACGGCAUCGCCAGGAUUGAUACCGAGCAAUUACACCUUGCCCUCAAUGGAGUCGGCACCAGCGCCGCCGCCCUCCACAGUGUCAUCCAAUGUGCAGUUUGCGCCUGGGCCGCUGGGUGCGACAGCAGUGCCCAAGCAGCUAUCUGAUAGGCAAUUGGGAUCGCCUAUGCAACCCCAACAGCAACAAUCAAGCAGUCAGUUGGGCCCCACGUUGGGCGCCACGCUACCACCUCAACAACAGCCAGCAGCAGCAACGCAACCGCCCGUCAGCCAAGUUACCAGCUUGGCUAGCAACUUGCAGAACAUGAACUUGAAUCCCAGCAACAGCUUUGCGCCAUCUGUGACAACAUCCUUGCCGCGCAGUGACUUCCGUGGAGUUGCCACGGGUUUGGCUGGCGGAGUACCGCCGCUGGAUAAUAUUGGCGCCAAUGCAUUGCUCGCUGCAUCGGGAGUUGUACCCAAUAUGCAGAAUCCCAUGGUUACGCCGUUUAAUGCCGCCGUGCCGCCUAGUCGGAACCCAGCCAGUGUGUUUGGGGGACAGAAUGGGCCACCCAAGGCUGCUCCAAAGCCACAGCAGUUGGAUAACCAGAAGGUGGCAUAUGGCGUUCCUCCAGUAACUUCAGCUGCGGAACAGAACAACAAUUUGCAGCGCACGACUGCAGCUGCACCGCCGUCAGCCCAGCGGCCACCUCAAUGGCAGCCUCCACUCAAUCCUCAGCUGCAGAUGAAGCAGGCGUUCGUUGCGCAACCGCCAUUAACGCAAGCAAUGCCCUCCCAGGUGCAGCUGCCGCCCUUUGGUCCGCCACCAACCACGGAAAAGCAGCAGUCAACGCAGCCGCCACAGCAACAGCCAACACAAUAUCCCUACAAGCACGCCUAUCCACAGGCAAUGCCGCCGCAGCAGCAGCAGUUCCAGCCCCAGCAACAGCAGAUGCCGAUGCCUCCCCAGCAGCAACAGUUUCCACCACAACCGAUGCCUCCACAGCAACAACAGUUACAAGCGCCUGGCAUGUUUGGAGCACAGCAAAUACCCAGCACGGCACCGUUGCAGUAUCAAACACAGGGUACAACGACAUCGACGGCUCCGUUAAGUGUUGCUCAGCAAGGAUUUAGUCGACUGUGGGGACAGGACACCAUUGAUCUAAUGCAGAAUAGGCAUAUACUAUCGCCCGCGACCUUGGCACCACCGAAAGUGGUGUUGCACAAUCAGUUCCAUGAAUCCAUCAAUUGCAAUCCCAGCAUCAUACGUUGCACCCUGGCCAAAAUCCCCGAGAGUAAUUCGCUGCUGCAAAAGUCACGUUUGCCACUAGGCAUAGUCAUUCAUCCCUUCCGCGAUGUCAACAGCCUACCCGUGAUCCAGUGCAUGAAUAUUGUGCGCUGUCGACUGUGUCGCACCUACAUCAAUCCUUUCGUCUACUUUGUAGAUAGUAAAAUGUGGAAGUGCAAUCUCUGCUAUCGCGUCAAUGAGCUGCCCGAUGAUUUCCAGUUUGAUCCGGCCACAAAGACCUACGGCGAUGUCACGCGCCGUCCUGAGGUGCGUUCCAGCACCAUCGAGUUCAUUGCCCCAUCGGAGUAUAUGCUGCGUCCACCACAGCCAGCCAUGUAUCUGUUCCUCUUCGAUGUUUCCAUCAUUGCGCAACAGAGCGGUUAUCUGGAGACAGCGUGUGCUGUACUGAAUCGCCAUCUGGAUGAAAUGCCUGGCGAUGCAAGGACUCAAGUGGGUUUCAUUUGCUACGACAGCUUUGUGCACUUUUAUAGCAUGGCAGAGGGUCUGAAUCAACCGCAUGAGAUGACACUGCUGGAUAUUGAUGAUCCAUUCUUGCCGCGGCCAGACAGUUUGCUCGUUAAUCUGAAGGAGUGCAAGGAGUUGGUCAAGGAUCUGCUAAAGCAGCUGCCCAAACGUUUUGCGCACACGCAUGAUCCCGGCUCUGCUUUGGGUGCUGCACUUCAGGUGGCCUUUAAGCUAAUGCAAGCAUCUGGCGGUCGAAUUACCGUCUUUCAAUCGUGCCUUCCCAAUAAGGGACCUGGGGCGCUGGAGCCGCGCGAAGAUCCCAACAACCGAUCGGCCAAAGAUGUAGCGCAUCUGAAUCCAGCCACCGAUUUCUACAAACGCUACGCUCUGGAAUGCUCUGGCUAUCAGAUUGCUGUGGACAUGUUUCUGAUGAAUCAACAGUAUAGUGAUAUGGCCACCAUCUCUGGCGUCAGCAAACACAGCGGUGGCUGCGUGCAUCACUUCCCACUCUACCAGAAGACAAAGCAGCAUAUGGUGGACUCGUUCAGACAGUGCUUUAAGCGCUAUCUGACUCGCAAGAUUGGCUUCGAGGCCGUCAUGCGCAUACGGUGCACACGAGGCUUGCAGGUGCACACAUUCCAUGGCAACUUCUUUGUGCGCAGCACGGAUUUGUUGUCGCUGCCCAAUGUCAAUCCAGAUGCGGGCUAUGGCAUGCAAAUAUCGUACGAGGAGAGUCUCACCGACGUCAAGACCAUUUGCUUCCAAGCCGCUUUGCUCUACACAAACAGCGAGGGCGAACGACGCAUUCGUGUCCAUACCAUCUGUUUGCCGGUUACAGCAUCGUUGCCUGAAGUGAUGCAUUCGGCAGACGCAGAAGCCAUUGUGGGAUUACUUUCCAAAAUGGCAGUGGAUCGUUCGAUAGCAUCAAACUUGUCCGAUGCUCGGGACGCUUUCAUCAAUGCAACCAUCGACGUGUUCAAUGCAUUUAAGAUUGCACAAAAUCUUCCAUCUGGUCAAUCUGGCCAGUUGAUAGCGCCACGCAGUCUGGCUCUAUUGCCACUUUACAUUCUGGCGCUGCUGAAGCACCCCGCUUUCCGCGUGGGCACCAGCACGCGUCUGGAUGAUCGCGUCUAUUCGAUGGACUGCAUGAAGACGUUGCCGCUAGACCAGCUUAUGAAGUACAUCUAUCCGGAGCUGUACAAAGUCGAUGGGCUCGUGUAUCAUGCGCGCAACUCGAAUGUAACGCAAGACGAAGACGACGAUGAAGAUGAUAGUUUGCCUGAGGUGCCACGCCUGCAAUUGUCUGCGGAACAUUUGGACUCACGAUCGAUAUUCUUAAUGGACUGUGGCACGCUAAUUAUGCUGUAUGUUGGCAUUAACGUACCUGCCGAUGUUCUGCAGGCAUUAUUUGGCAUUAGCUCAACGGCGGAACUUACGGACUAUGUAUAUGGUUUACCAAAUGUGGCUAGCACUGAAAAUGAUGUGCUUAAACGUUUCAUAUUACGUUUGAAUUACGAUAAGCCCUAUGCGCCUUUAGUGCAAAUCAUCAGGGAUACGAGCACGGCGAAGGGUCAAUUUAUUGAGAGAUUAACGGACGAUCGCAGUGAAUCUAGUUUGUCAUACUAUGAAUUUUUGCAACACAUUCGGGCUCAGGUUAAAUAGUAUAUAAGCAGAAAAUCAUCCUACUAUUAUUGUAUACAACAUAAAUACGAGUUUCUUCGAUCAUAAACAACUCUGGUGACUAAACAACAAAAAAACAAAAACUCGACUAAACGCAGGCAGGCCUGGCAAACCAACUGCAAUCAGCCAAUAGCCAAUUUAUAAAAAAAAUGCAUUAUAGCAUUCGAAUGCAUAAGACGUGUACACAAGAGAGAAUGUUAAAUAUAUGAUAUAUAAUUAAAUUAAUACCAUCAAGUGCAUGCCAUGAGAACAAUCCAUGCGCGUUUGAAAAGCGAGAAAACAAAAAUAGUUGUCCCCUUGGCAUAGAUAAUUUAAAAAAGUGCAUGUAUUUAUUUAUUUGUUAAUUUGUUGCACUAAAAAAAAAAAAAAACAAACAAAAACGGGAAUCACCAACUAAGA